UCGAGAUGAAGGCUGCAUUGACCUGCGCUGUCAUCGCCGGGGCCGUCCAGGCGACCCUUGGCCUUGACCGCUUCUUCUACGGUCUGGACUACGACACGCGGGCCAACCAGUGGGGCGGUUGCAAGUCCGAGUGGGCGAUCCGCGAGGACUUCAAGGCCAUGAACACGGUCACGACCAACGUGCGCAUCUACUCGACCGAGAACCCGUGCGUCGAGCGCGUGCUCAAGAUCGCCGGCGAGCACAAGAUGAAGAUCUGGAUGGGUCUCUGGGGCAACAUCGAAGCCGACCUCGACUCGUUCGAGCGCGACUUUGCCAACUUCCAGCGCCUCGUCAAGGAGAAGAAGGUCCGCAACGACAACGUGCUCGGUAUCGGUGUCUCGUCGGAGGCCAUCUACCGCCACUACAUCCAGGGCGGCCACGAUUUCGCCGAGACGGACGGUACCGAGAAGCUCAUCGGCUACGUCUCGCGCACGCGCGACUUUAUCCGCGCGAACGGCCUCAACUUCCCUGUGACCAUCUCGGACGUCAUGGAUGCGUACAAGUACUCGGCCAACCUCUACGACGCGGUCGACGUGUGCGACGAAGGCAACGACAACCAGAAGUGGGCGUUUGUCGCCGACGGCAAGGUCGAAGUCAUGUCGGAGCCGUUUGAGGACUUGCCGACGCCGGCGCCCACGAAGGCCAGCCUCCGCGCGACCAACCCGCCCGCGACGCACAAGCCCACGCCCAAGCCGACUCCCAAGCCGACGCACAAGAAGACCAAGCGCCCGACCAAGGCGCCGGUCGCGCCGUCGGACCCGUUGGCCGAGAAGUGCGGUGACUGCAUCAACAACUGCCAGUUCCUCGGUGCCGGCUACACGCUCUGCUACAGCGGCUGGGACCAGCACGUCUGCUCGCUCAUGGGCUCGACGCACCAUUGGUGCGGAGCCCCGGCGCCCAAGACCGAAGCCCCGGUCGAGGACGACGACGACGAUUCGGACGACGACGACGAGACGGACGCCCCGGAGACGCCUGCCCCGACGCACAAGUCGACGCAGGCGCCGACGUUUGCGCCCCAUGUCGUCGAGAAGAACCCGGACUUUGAGAUCGAGCCCUUCACGAUCACGACCAAGACCGGCAUGGUCAUGUCGCACAGCCCGCGUGGCAAGUGCAUUGGCAUUGACGGCCAGGAGAACGUGAUCAUGACCGAGUGCCGCUUUGACGCGUCGACGACCUUCAGCGUGCGCCCGAUGGCCGGCGAAGAGCUCCACCUGAGCGUCGGCGGCAGCGAGUGGAAGCUGACCGAGUACUACGGCCGCGUGCGCGCGUCGACGGACCCGAUCGCCGAGGCCCACCCGGACACGCAGAUCUGGUUCUUCGACUCGAUCUCGCAGACGAUCCGCAACAAGGCCAACGGCGCCGCGUGUCUCGAGAUGGUCGAGGACAAGGUCGGUGGCCUCGUCGAAGGCCGCCUCUGCGACGAGACCAACGUCAUGCAGAAGUGGGUCUACAACGACAAGACCGGCCAGUUCAUCCACCACGUCAAGCUCGCGCAGUGCCUCAGCGCCGACGGCGUCAACAAGGAGAUCCGCGUCCAGUUCUGCGACACCAAGGCGCUGUACCAGAAGUGGUACAUGAACCUCGUGCACGCGACGACCAAACACGAGUCCGUCGAGCUGACGUGGCAGACGCCGUUCCCGACGCCGGCCCCCGGUUUCCACUUUGCCCCGACGCCCGCGCCGACGAAGCCCCAGCCCAAGGCCCCGGUGACGCCCGCCCCGACGGAUGCCCCGGUGACGCCUGCCCCGACGGAUGCCCCGAAGACGGACGCCCCGACUGCUGCCCCCACUGAUGCCCCGACGGCUGCCCCGACUGACGCCCCGACUGCUGCCCCCACUGAUGCCCCGACUGCUGCCCCCACGGAAGCCCCCACGGCUGCCCCGACGGAAGCCCCGACUGCUGCUCCCACGGACGCCCCGACGGCUGCCCCGACUGACGCCCCGACGGCUGCUCCCACGGACGCCCCGACUGACGCCCCGACGGCUGCUCCCACGGACGCCCCGACGGCUGCCCCGACUGACGCCCCGACGGCUGCUCCCACGGACGCCCCGACCUCUGCUCCUACGGAUGCCCCGACGGCUGCUCCCACGGACGCCCCGACUGCUGCUCCUACGGAUGCCCCGACUGCUGCUCCCACGGCUGCCCCGACGGAAGCCCCGACUGCUGCUCCCACGGACGCCCCGACGGUCGCGCCUGCUGGCACGUGCAAGCCCUACACGAUUGCCCUUGGCGACUCGUCGUGGAAGAUCCUUAGCACCUUCUGCUCGGGCUUCGAAGGCAAGUGCGCGAAGGACGAGAGCCAGCCUCACAUCGCUGGUGCCGACGGCAAGCUCUGCCCCAGCUACUUGCGUGUCGACUCGGAGAUCCAAGUGUGCUGCACGGACAAGUUCCCGUACGUCGUGCCGCCCAAGGACAACGUUGAGGUCCCGACGCCCGCGCCGACCAAGGUCACGGAUGCCCCGACGCCGGCCCCUGAGGUUGUCACCGACGCCCCCAAGACGGACGCGCCCACGGCUGCUCCCACGGACGCCCCCAAGACGGACGCGCCCACGGACGCUCCCACGGACGCCCCUAAGACCGACGCCCCUACGAACGCUCCCACGGACGCCCCCAAGACGGAUGCCCCGUCGGCCACGCCCGAAGACGACGAAAUCCCGACGCCGGCCCCGACGAAGGCCAGUGCUGCCCCGACGGACGCGCCUACGGAAGCCCCCAAGACUGACGCCCCCACGGACGCACCCACGGACGCACCCAAGACGGAUGCUCCCACGGAUGCCCCCAAGACCGACGCCCCCACGGACGCCCCGACUGCUACCCCCACGGAGGCCCCCAAGACCGACGCUCCUACGGCUGCUCCCACGGAGGCGCCCAAGACGGACGCUCCUACGGAUGCCCCCAAGACGGACGCUCCUACGGAUGCCCCCAAGACGGACGCUCCCACGGAUACCCCCAAGACCGACGCCCCGACUGCCGCCCCCACGGAUGCUCCCACGGAGGCCCCGAAGACGGACGCUCCCACGGACGCCCCGAAGACCGACGCCCCGACUGCCGCCCCCACGGAUGCUCCCACGGAGGCGCCCAAGACGGAUGCACCGACGCCGUCGGUCGACGACUCGGACGACGACUACGAGCCGCCGACGCCUGCCCCGACCAAGGGUGCUACGGCUGCCCCCGUCGACGUCACUGCGUAAGCGUCUCGCGCUCUCUACGACCAAUGCCUGUCGCCUUGCCGUCGGUUGCGUCCCAGCGCCGCGGCUUUCCCACGUGUCGUCGUAGUGAACGCAUUGCAUAAUCUCCCCUCUCUGUAAUUGCACCAUUAAGUUGGCUGUAAAUCUUAUCUGCUUCUGUCGAGUCGCCAA